AGCAUGUCCGUCGACAUUUCCUCCGGACGAAGCGACUCCUCCGAGGCCUCCAGCCAGCCACAGCAGGAGAGGAGCCCUGCUCCCAGCGCCGCCCCCAACUCCUCCCAGGCCUCCAGCCAGCCACAGCAGGAGAGGAGCCCUGCUCCUAGUGCCAACCCCAACUCCUCCCAGGCCUCCAGUGAGUCUUGCCCUCUCCCCACAUCCCCUGCCACUUCGGGGCCUCCAGGAGCUGAGCCCAAGGCCCCCAAGGUGACCCCACACUUGACUCUCUCCUACCAGGCCAGCCACAGCAAGAGUGGAGCCCUGUUCCCAGCGCCGCCCCUGAGCCAGCCUCCGAAGCGUCGCCCUCCAGCCCCAGUGCCGGGAGCCAUGUGGACAUUGCAGAGCCAGAAGCCGCCGCCGCCGCAGCAUCCCGUGAGCCCAAGGAUGCUGACACCACAGACACCAAGGCCAGCGCCCAGGGCAAGAGGCAGGGCCGUCGCGGGGUUGGCAGGAGGAUCCUCCAGUUCCUGCUGAGGGCAUGCUGCAUCCUGCCGUCCCGAGGGAGCAGCCCUGGCAGCUGCUGCAGAGUGGUCCCCAAGUAGCCUCGCCCCGCCCCCGUCUCCAGGAGCUAUCCGCUGAGCUGACUGAACUUUUCUUUUCUUGAGCAUUUGCACAUGCUUCUCAUGAAUAAAAUUCACCAUG